CAUUUUAGAGUACGCGCGAGAUACGAGUUUCAUUUAUUUGCGUUUAUUUAGAUUCAUUGCAAUUGGGAUGUUUUCAUUGAAUUGGUCGUAAAUGGGAUCGAGGGUCGACGUUAGAGGUGUUAUUUCAAGCUUGAGUCAUAUUUACAAAUUGAAGAAUGGACAGUUGUUUAUUUUCAAAAUAUCUACAUCAUCUGCAACAUUCCCUGUGGUCGUCCAGAGGCCAUCCCAGCUAGUCUGGCACAAAAGCAUCAAGAUUGGAUCUGUCUUCUCCUGCUCUAACCUAAAACAUUCAAAGAUCUAUCAGAGCUGUGUUUGCAGGGAACCCAAGAUGAGGUUGCUGUUCUUAUCGCUGGAUCGCAAACCAGUAUCAUUGAGGAAUCAACGAACGAUGUGGAAAUGUUCCACAACGAUGACGAACCAUCAAACCUCAUUUCAUACAAGGGGGCGGUGACGGCGGCCGAGCCGUCUCUGCAGCUGUACGAGCUGGACGGCAGCUGCCGGCUGGUGCUCUCCGCCCUGGCGGCCGUCUGCAGCUGUCCCCAGCUGCGGCUCGGCGACCAGGUGGUCGUGCACCACGGCCACUGGCAGGCCGCCGAGCGCGCACUGUACGCCUGCGGACGGAGCCUGGUGUGCGUCCUGGACAGAGAGCCGGAGCCGGUGGCCAUCUGCCGCCGCUCGGCUGUGCACACCCUCCACUGGUUCUGCCUGCCGCCCACGGCCGUCUGGUGGUACCGGCGCACGGCCGAGCGCAUCGCCGCCGCCGCCGAGGGAAGGGUUCCCGUGGACGGCGCGAAGGGCGUGCUGCACCGGCUGCUGCAGAGGGAGCAGCUGCCCACCGCCGAGCGAUCGCUGACCAAGGAGUUUCUCUGCCGGCCGCACCGCUGCGCCGUAUCACACAAGUUCGGGGCGCCGUUCGAGCUGACCGCUCUGUCGGAGCUGGUGUCGGCCGCUCUGCUCGACUCCACUCCUCCGGAGCGGCCGGACGGCCGCGGCUGGCACCACUGGGUCGGCGGUGACCAACAGUGGCUGACCGUGGCGUGGCUGAGCAGCGACAGCGCCGGCGGACUGCGGGCCACGGCCGGCGCCGACUGCUCCCUGCCGCUGCUGCUGGUGCCGCCGGCGGAGGGACAGACUUACCCCGCCGGACAGUCGCCACCCGCCGGACAGCCUCGCUCGGACGGUCUGGUGCUGAUCCGCGGGCCGCGGCUGGUGGUGGAGAGACUGGGCCACGACCGGCCGCUGAUAUACCUGCUCUGUGAGGAGCGGCAGCUGGUGUCGCUGGGGAGCGGUGCGGCCGCCGCCGGCCAGCCGCCGCCGCCGCCGCCCGCGCCGGCCGGCCGUCUGCUGGUGUGCCACCGCAGCUCUGCCCGCCGGCCGACCGCCAGUUGUGAUGGCGGAGCGUUCCUGCUGCUGCACGGACUACUGGAGGAGGCUGCGCGCCGCCGUCCGGUGGUGCUGCGGCUGACGGGAGCGGCGGCCGGGCGUGCGGCCCGCCUCACACGGGGCACCACCUACCUGCUGCACUCUGAGGACCGUCUGUGGACAGGGAGAGAACUGUUGAACGGGCAGCUGCAGCCGUGGCUGGCAGAGUGCCCCACGCUGCGGGCGCCGGACGACCUGCACUUUACCGCCGAGCCCUCGCCAGUGGCCGCCGUCCUCUCCUCCGACGUACUAAGUGUGUCGCAGCUGGCCCCGGGCGGGUCCGAUGACGACCUGCUGUCGGUCCGUGGCGUCAUACGGGAGCGGCGCCACGCCCGCGACCGGUACGCCAAGGCCUCGCACCAGGCGGCCAUCAGCCUCGACACCCACCGCGUGGUGCUGCUGCUCAGUGACCCGGAGACGCCGGACGAGUUGCCGCUGUACGUGUGUGAGCCGUCCCGCUGGGUCUCGCUGCUCGGCCUGGUGCCGGGCGCGGCUCUGACGGCACACGCGGUCCGCUGGGCCGGCGGCGGCGCCCACCUGGUCACCACGCCGCUCUCGGAGCUCGAGCUGACCGGCUGGAGCGCGCCGCCCGAGCACCCCGGCGCCAGGAGGCCGCGGCUGCACCUGCCGGUACAUUUCCUCUCGGCGGCGCUCUCGGACCCGUCGGUCACCCGCUGGCUGAGCUGUGUCACGCUGGCCGACCUCUGCCGGGUGUCCGUGACGGCCGAGUGUGCCCUCUGCGGCCGCCAGCUGACCGCCGGCUGCUGCGGCUUCGUCGGCUGCCACGGGCGCGGGAGGCACGUCUACAGCGCCAGGGCCAGGUCGGUGCUGGAUGACGGCUCGGCGGCGGUGACGGCUCAGCUGAUCGGCGACAGCGUCCGUCAGCUGCUGGGCGUCACGGACGCUCAGUGGCGCGCGCUGCUGACUGAGGCCGAACAGCAAGGCGAGAUCUUCUACCUCCAGCCGCGCACCAAGUCCGGGCGCGUGCCGGCCGCCGCCGGACUGCUCCCGUCCGUCUGUCUGGCGGAGACCAUCCGACGGCCGGUCAUCUGCGAGCUGAAAAAGUUCGCCGGUCCGCCGCCGGCGGCCGCUGCAGGUAGCGGCCCAGCCCGCGAGGCGGUCUUCUGUGAGUCGGUGAUGGAGGCCAGCCCAGACGUGGUGGUGCGACUCUUCCCCGAUCCCGCCGCCGGCGCAGUCAGCUGACCCCGCCGCCGGGACGGUCAGCUGACCCUGCUGGGAUCACCAUCUAACCUCAACCGCCGGGAGCCAGUGGACGUGCUACCGGGACAGUCAGUAAUUGACCUCCUGCGAGGAACGGUUAGCUGACCUGCCGGCACGGUCAGAUGACGUCAGCCGCCAGCUGAGUCCGAGGACCUGCUGCUAGGAUCAUCACUUGACCUGCCACCGGCCAGUCGGAUGACCCCACGUCCUCUCCUACGCGCUGAUAUCCAGUCUGAGUCACCCCCAGCCUACCUCAGAGAGGUUACCAGACGAUCUGGCCCUCCGAUCAGCAAGGCCAGUUGACACCAUCAAUUGUUCCUAAUGUUGAUAGGUGGGACUGUCCAUAUUGAUAGAAAGGUUUCGAUAAGAGGUGCAACGUUGCGCACUCCCAUUUGAAUGCACGGUAGGACGUGCGACGUGCGUUGUGCCAACAAUGUGGAGGUGGACAGAAGUUUUAAUGAGUCAGUAUUUUGAAACACAGUGUUUUGUACGUUUUUCUUGCAAGAGACUUCAGCAGCUCGUAUUCUACAAGGUACAAGAGACCACAAGUGAUAUCCGUGUUGUGAGGCGGUCAGUUCACUUUGUUGAACAAUUCAUCGGGCUGUGCGUACAAUGCCAGCCUCGUGAAAUCGGUGGGUUGCAUUUCGUGCUCUGAUCAGAUUACGUUCUGAUGUGCGUAUGAAUGAAGCUCAAUGAUAUCGGUGAAUGCGAUGCCUAAAAUAAAACCAGCAGAGAUCGUGGAA